UUGAAAACCCCGCUAGUCAUCUGUGUGGCCUUGGAAAAUGGUCAUGGUGAGAGUACAACGUUUCUGAAUACGCACCAAACACACGCUAUCGGACGCCGGGUAAUGACUGACCAGGUUGCUCUGUGCUCAGGGAUGAUGCCUCGCCUGCGUGCCUCAGGGGUGUGGCACGUGUACCCCUGUGUAGCGGUGGUGGCGGUGGUGGUGCAGAGCGUGGCCGGACAGUUCACCACACUCUCCACCCUGACGGACGUUAUGACCCCUUCUGACGAUGGCCCCGAGGGAAGCGUGGCGGGGGUUUCCUUGGGUCCUGGCCACUCCCUGAUGUGCUCUCCACCUCUUGACGCCCAGGAGGUGACGCAGCAGCAGCCACCUACCACCCUCUGCGCCUUCGUCAGGGUGAACGUGACGCGUCAGGCCGCCCGCCUCCUCACCCUCACCUUCCCUACCUCCACCCUCACUGUAGAGAUCGACCAUCUGGGAGUGUGGCUCGGAGUGGCGGGGAACGGUGCCGCCAUGCCCGCCAUGUUCUUCUUCGAGGCAAGAUUUCCCCCAGGAGUGUGGCGCCACCUGUGUCUGCAGCACCGCCCCGCCCCGUCCCAGGCCAAGUGUGUGGUGGACGGCUCCAGCGAGCCGCUCUCCACUAUGUCUACGGAAGCGGAUCACCGGGCACUGGCAGGCAGCCGCUGGAGUGAUGCAGGCGGCAGUGCCGGCAGUCGGCUGUGUGUGGGUGGCGGCGAGGUGGAGGCAGACGUGGCGGGUGUGGCGCUGUGGUUCCAGCUGCUGCAGGAGGAUGUGCUGGCGGGGACUUCGGGAUGUGAAACGUCCUGGCGGGGAGCACCGCGCCUAUCCCUGGGCUCGUGGUGGCUGCCCCAGGGCGGCGCCGAACCCACCACCUUCCUCCUGCGGCAGGUGUGCGGCGCGGCGCCACGCCUCGUACUGGUGCGGCCCGCCGGCACCUUCCGUGGCCAUGGAGUGGUGUGCGCCGCCCUGGGCGGGGCCAUACCCUCCGCCGCCGUGCUGGCGCCUGCCCUCACCGCUACACUGGCCAGCCACAACGAAUCUUGUCGGGGCCCCGCGGGGCUGCUUUCCUGGGUAGGCGGCAGCCCCGUAGGCAGCGCGGCGGCGGAGGAGACGUGCCCCGCCCUGACGGCGGACGGUACGGCGCGGGCUGCGUGCGUGCGGCAGCUGCCGUGCUCGGUGUGCGCAGUGCCGCACGCCGUGCUGUACCGCCUGUACGGCCACGACGGCAGCCUCUUCGACCACACCUUCUUCCUGCAAGCGCAGGGCGGCCGCCUCGCCUUCCGCAGCGCCGGAGGGUCGCGGCUGGAGCGGGAGGACGGCGACUGGCGCCUGGUGUCGGCACUGCACGGGCGCCGCUGGACGCUGGGCGAGGCGUCCGUGCCGGUGGGGCGCCGCGUGUGGACGGAGGGCGCGGCACAGACGGUGCUGGCGCUGACCGUGUGCCGCAGCGGACAGUUCUGCUGCAAUGACGGACAGUGCGUGGCGCAGACGGCGCGCUGCGAUGACAUUGUGGACUGUCGUGACCGCUCCGACGAGGCGGACUGCGGCGUGGUGGUGCGGCCCGAGGGCUACGACCCCUACUACCCUCCACCACCGCGCCCCGGGGAGGAGCCGCCCCUGGACCUGCUGUACCACGUGGACGUGUACAGCCUGGACGACAUCACCACGGAGGGCGGCACUGCCAUCAUGAACGUGGGCAUGACGCUCACGUGGCACGACCCGCGCAUCAAGUUCCUGAACCUCAAGUCAGGCGUCAAGAACUACUUCCCCUGUGACCUGGUGUGGACGCCCAGCGUGCGCGCUGUGUCUGGCCACGGCGAGGGCACCGUACUGCAGACUGACGACUACGAAAAGUUCUGCUUCGCGCACGCCAACGACGAGAAGGAGCAGCGCCCGCUCUCCGACGCCUUCAUGAGUCACCAGGCGGACGGCGCAACGCACGCCAUACAGAACUACGUGGGCGUGCUGGCCUCCACGCCCUGCCACUUCCAGCUGGAGCGCUACCCGUUCGACACACAGAAGUGCAACAUUUCCUUCAUGCUGAUGAACGCGCCAUGGACCCGCGUGUUCCGCAAGGCCACGCCCGGCGCCGACGUGGACUACUUCGAUUCGCGGCGCGUGCUGCUGGAGUACGAGCUGCACGCCCUCACCACGGAGGUGGGCGCCUUCCUGCAGGGCACGGACAACAACACCUACUUCGCCCUCACCUUCCACCUGCAGCGCCUCUACGGCUACCACGUCACCAACAGCUACUUCCCCUCGCUGCUCAUGUUCUUCAUCUCGUGGGCAACGUUCUUCUUCCAGGUGGAUGACUUCACCAACCGCAUCAUGAUCUCCCUGACGGCGCAGCUGGUGUUGGCGGCGCUGUUCACCUCCACCACACAGUCCUCCGUCAAGACGCCCUACCUCAAGCUGAUCGACGUGUGGUACGCCGCCGUCAUCACCUUCUGCUUCGUCAUCGUCAUCUCCCAGACCGUCAUCAAUGUGGUGCUGCACGCCUCGUCUUUGCCCCGCGCCUCCCUUCUGCUGGUGGGGCUCAGGGGCGCGGCGCUGAAGGGAAAGGAAGUGGUCUCCCCGAAGGGCCUGGCAGGGGGCGGUGAGGGGGGCCUGCACAUGGCGGUCGCACAGCGUUAUAACAGAGUGCUGCGCGGUGCUGUGAUGGCCGCCGCGGUGCUGUUCGUCGGUAGUUACAGUUUAAUGGCUCUUGGUGCUAUCUAACUCUUAUCAGUCAGUUAGACAGUCAAUCAGUCAGUCAAUCAGUCAAUCAGUCAGUCAGUCAGUCAGUCAAUCCUUCCCUUUCUUGAAUUGUUUGUUUAUGUAGUAUGAAAAAUUGUAAUGGUUCUUUAUCCUCAAUUUUGUGUUUUUCAGGGAGUUUAAUUUUUCAUUUUCUGUUUAUUUAUUUGUUGUUAAGAAUUUUCAAGACGAGUUUCUAAUUUUCCAUUCUUGUCUCCAGCCUUUUUCUUUGUUCGUGUGCAUAUUCUAGACGGUGAAAGUUGAAUAUUAUCACUUUCAACCUUGUAUUCCAUCUUUGGGCCUUAUUUAUCUAUUUAUCUGCUGACACAUUUUCUACACGAAUUUCAAUCUCACUCAUGUCUUUCGCCUUUCUUUGUUCACAUUUUUUUUGAUAACAAGUUUAAUAUUUUCAUUCUCAACCUUGCACUCUGUCUCAGCCGGUCCACCCACCAACUCUUUGGCUCUCAUAGUUGUCAGAUUUAUGCUAUUAAGCCUGUGCGUGCUGUUGAUAAUUAAGUCUAGGCCCAUAUUCUUGAUGCACACAGGCCUAGCUGCAUCUUUCUUCAAUAAAAACUCAGCUAAUUCCUGCAGUGUGUGUGUGAGAAAGCUCAAAUGUUCAUUAUCACCUCAA